GUUUAAUCAUGAUCUGAUAGCAGGGGCUUACCAAGAGCCCAGAGCCUCAACUGUGUGGCGUGAUCUCCUCACUGGUCAGAAGCAGGGGUUACACACACAUCCCCUGGGCAUAUGUGCAGCCAUCUCACCUCACUGCCAGACCACUCUCUCCCAGCUGUACGAAUUCCUUCUUCCAAUUCCUUACAUCAUGGAAAUGGCUAUGGAGCCCUUGGACCAGGAACAAAGCUCCCAAGAGCUAGAUUUGGAGGAGGUAGCUAGGAAGAUUUCACUGCUUGACAGAUGGAGGGAAAUCUUUAGCUAUCACCGGUUGGGAACCAAUAACACAACUUCUCAGAAUCACGAAGGCAACCGUAUAUCUGCUGGUGAAACUGAAGACGGAACAGGGACACCUCGGCCAAAAGGACAAGGACUUUUGCCAUCAAAUAGCCUUUGUUCUAUUCCCAAACCCUCUAUCAUCUCUUCAAAAUCAGGAGGCUUUCCUAUCUCCCUAGCAAUGGCCACAAAACUACGCCAGAGCCUCUUUGGAAAUACCAUCCAGGUCUUCAGUUAUGACUGGACAAAGGCUUAUUUCAGGUUUCAUGAUCCUUUUUCUGACCUGGCUUUUGCUUUGGAAGUGGGAAAGGGAGGUGCCCAAGGCAUUCAGAUGGCUGUACAAGGAUCCAUCAUUAAACACUUGCUGUUUACAAGGAAGGGAAAAGAUUGUAACUUUCUCAGUUUGUGCACCAUAAGCAAGCAGGAGCAGGAGCGCGCACUGGCUGCAGCACUAGCGGGCAUCCUGUGGGCUGCAGGAGCAGCUCAGAAGGCCACCAUCUGCCUUUUCACUGAGGACACUCACAUUGCUCUGACUCCUGACUACUCCAGGGAUGGUUUCACUGAACGGCUCCAGCUGUUUGAACUUCUAGAGAAAGAAGCCACUGAGAAAUUCAUCUAUGAUCAUUUACAAUGUUUCAAAGGGGAAGGAAGCCACGGUGUCAUCUUGUUUCUUUACAGCCUGAUCUUCUCCAGAACAUUUGAAAGGCUCCAGAAAGAUCUGGAUGUCUCCACCACUUAUCUGCUACAACCAAACUCUGGAGGCUUCCUGUGCAGCCAGGCAGUUCUGAACAUGGCUUUAACUGGAAGAGCAAGGCCGCAUGUUUUUAAUGGCUGCCAAAAAGGAAAGUCUCAGGAAAUGUUACAUGGGGUCCUGACCCGCAGUGAUGUCGGCUACUUGCAGUGGGGCAAGACCACCUCAGAGGACAAUGGGUUUUCACAGGUGGGCAGCAUGCUGAAGACUCCCAAGUUACCCAUUUGGCUGUGCAACAUCAAUGGAAACUACAGCAUCCUUUUUAGCACAAACAGGCAGCUCUUAUCAGACUGGAAAAUGGAGCGCUUCUUUGACCUGUACUUCUACAGUGGCCAGCCUGCACAAAGCAAGCCUGCACACUUGACAGUAGACACUCACUCCCAUCACUGGGAAAGGGUCCAACGUGAAGAUGAACACAGACCAGGAAGAUGGUUUUCUCCCGUGGAGAUGACAAUCAGAACCAAGUGGAGAGAGGCCACCAUCAACUGGAAUGGAACUGUUCCCUUUUUCUAA